UUGACAAGUCAAUUGUUUCGCUGUCGUUGCUAUGCUCAAAUUAACCGAGGGCCAGCCAUAUAUAAGGUCUUGGAUGCUCGGCUCAAGCUGUAGAUAUCAAAUUGCCAUUCCCACGGGGUUUGGAUCGGAGGAGAUAGAUUGUUUAAUUUUGGCGACGAUGGCGGUGGAGGAGUGUCAUCAGGAGACACAGGUGGGCGACCUCCCGGAGGUCUGCCUGGUGCACGCCAUCGCGCUCACCUCCCCGCGCGACGCCUGCCGCUGCGCCGCCGUCUCCCUGGCCUUCCAUGCCGCCGCCGAGUCCGACCACGUCUGGUGCAACUUCCUCCCCAAGCUAGACCGCCAAGACACCAUCAUCCUCCAGACACCCGGCCAAGAGCACCAAGAAGGACGCCUAUCUCGGCCUCUGCGACGCCGGUGCCCUCGUCGACCACGGCGGCUGCAGGGUGUGGCUGGAGAAGGCGAGCGGCGCCGAGUGCUACUCGCGGUCGGCCAGGAGGCUCAGCAUGCCGUGGGACGACGGCAAGUUCUGCUGGAAAUGGUAGCCCCAGCCGCUCUCCAGGAUUGGUAGACGGCAAGGUCGACGAUGGGCUCGAAGACAGCGAGGUCAGCGAUGGGCUCAGAGAUGGCGAGGUCGCCGACGGGCUCAUAGACGGAAAAGGCUGGGGGGAUAGGUCGACGACGGGCUCAGAGAUGGCGAGGUCAGUGACAGGCUCAAAGACAGCGAGGUUGAAGGUUUAUCUAGUCCCUAAGUGUGGUUUUGGUAAUUAAUGGUAAUAUCUAUGGACAAGCAAUUGUGUUGAGAAUUGUUAGUAGGUUGUUCUAUAUGUGAUUCAUGGAGAAUUGAGAAUGGAUUCAUUGAGGAAUGCCACAAAGAUCAAGAGAGAUGCAUUGAGAUAAAUGAGCUCUAGGUGAUGCUCACGAGAUAAAGGAGAAGGUUGACAAUAAGCAUGAAGACUAAGUUACUUGUGGAGAUCAAGUAACUAAAGAUAUGAGGUUGUCAAUUGAAGUUUAUGGUGCUAUGUGCUUGAGAGUGAGUGGGGUUAGGUUCUAUAUAAAGAUUGUCAAUAAGAGUGAAGUCCAAGUUACUUGUGAAGAUUAAGUGACUUAAGGUAUAAAGUUGUUAAUUAGGUUUUAUGGACUAACUCAUGUGCUUUGUGCUUGAGAGUGAGUUAGGGUUAGGUUCCAUAAGAAUGCUGUAGGAAACAUGCCCUUAGAUUGAUUGCCUAAAUUACAUAAGGGCAUGUAUGUGAUUUUGGUGAUUAAUGACAAUAUAGUCAAUAAGACUAACAUGUUUGUCGAGUAUAUACUUUAGUAGGUCUCAUGGAUGCAACAAAAGAGAAGUCACCGAAGCCGGAACAAAGAAAGGAAUGAAUUGGAC